AUGCAAAUCGUCAAGUUCGCCAUCGUCGCUCUCCUCGUCUGCUUCUUCGUGGCCGCCGUGUUUGGCCAAGGCAGGGGCGGCCAGGACUACGAGACCGCUGCAGUCACUGAUGACAUCAACGAGUACCACUAUGGCGAGAUCAGACAGGCCGUGGCGGACCACUACGACCAGAGGAGGCGUGGCGGCAAGGAUAUCGACGUUGACAUCGACAUCAAGAAGCUGGAGAUCGAGUUCGAGAAGAACUUCUUCAUCGUCAUCAAGAAGGGUCGCAGCUAA